AUGCAUAUUUUCGGAGUAGAAAUAGAAGGAGUUGGAAAGAAAGUCUCUGUUAAAGCAGCAACCAUUCAUGAGAUUAUCAGUAUAGCCGUAAAGAAGCUUAAUCUUCCAGCAUUGGAAUAUAAGCUUGCUCUGAAGGAUGGAAUGGAAAUCGACGAAAAUGAAAUUUUAAUACAGAUGGCUGAAAUUGCACUACAUCGCGGAACUUAUCUUGAUCUGAAACUUUUGUUACCAGAAAUAUCAUCAAUUGAUGAUUUUGAUUUCCUUAAUAUAUCGAAUAAAUCAAAUGUAAAUGCAGACGGAUUGGAAGUAGUUCAAGAAGUUGAUACGUCUUCUUCUCUUUCUACAGUAUCGUAUGAUUCUAAUUUAGUGGCAAAUUGGAAAGAGAAAAUUUUACAAUUUUUUACGCACGAUUUGAAGGAAGCUUGUGAACAUGGUACAACUGCUAAUCCUAGAGACAGGCGAUAUUUAGUGGCAUCCAUAGCUAACUACAUGAAAGAACUAAAUGAUUUCAAGCGAAGCACAGCGGAAAAAUUUGCUUCUUUCAUUGUAAAGAAGUAUCCAAACACCUUUUGUGAUCGAAUCGGCAAUGACAAUAUAGGAAAAGGCACAGGGACUCUUCGCGACCAAAUUUAUAAUGCUGCCGACUACAGGAAGAAUGAUAAAGACAGAAAAAGACAUUUUCAUGAGUCUGUCCACACUGACGAUCGACCGCACGCUUCUAGAAAACAUGAUGAAUAUGGGUGCGUCGCUUAUGCACCAGAAUUACCUCUUGGGGAGACAAAAGAAUCCCAAGAAAUUCAUCGACAAAAAUUGAAAGAUCUUUAUAAUUCACUCACAUUUGAUGACGUGACAGUUCCUGUGUUAAUUAGAGAUACGUAUGCUACACUGAGAAGUGCCAUCAAUGUGAGAAAAGAUCGAGAUCUAAACAAAAUAUUUACUGACUGGCCUUUUCUAAAUGAACCUUCAAAGUUGAUUGACCAUGCAACAUGUUUAUUAGGAAAGCCAGUCAGUGAAAUAUGGCAAAAUUCUUUGACCGCCCUGGCAGAGAAAACAAAAAAUUAUUUCAAAGAAAUGUGCAUCAGUAAAAAUUCAACUAAAGGCAAUCAAGCACAGCGGAAAAAAAAAAUGAGUGAAUUACUAGCAGAAGCAAAAGCUGAAAAAAAAUCAUCAAAAUCAAGAACACCUUACACCAUUGUCAUUUUUCCACUAUUAAUGGUGUAUUUUGAAGAAAAUCAAGACUUUUUUAUUAAAGUUAUUGAUGUACACGCUUCUGAGGAAGAAAUAAAAGAAGAAGCUUUUCCUCAUCCAACUGCAAUUAUUAGAGGAUUAUCGCUAUACGAUCCAAAUGCGAAGUACGACGUCGUUAUUGAACAAACAAUCAUUAUUAAUGUACCAAACGUUCUUCAAAGAAUAUUAAUAACAUUUUUAUGUUAUUACAUUUUUGGAUACGCCUAUCCGCAAGAAAUAACAAAAACCUUGGAAUUUAUACAAAGGAACUUCAUGAAAAUUAAUCCUACCAAAGAAAAAGGGCCAACAAGCAAGAGGGAAACGGGUGCAAAGCGACGCCGCAUCGCCUCUUGCGACAUAUUAGUUAUUAAGUUAUCUGCGGCAAUUGAAAAUUUUAAUAACGUAGAAAAGGUGACGCUAGAUCCCGAAAAAGUAGUAUGGUAUUCUUUAAAUUCCCAUCGCGAUCAAAACUCACACAUAAGCAGAAAAACACGAAUCUGGCGAGAAGCUAAAGGAAGUAAGAAUUCAUCGCAGCUAUGA